AGCGCCUCACCUUCUCCCACACGCCUUGCUCUAUGCAGCUCUUCCAUCUGGCUGCUCCUGAGUUAUAUAUAGUUUAUUAUAGUUAUGAUAAACCAGCGAUCUAGUAAGUAAAAUGUUUCUGGGUUCUGUGCACUGCUCUAGCAAAUUAAUCAAGCCCAAGGAGGAGCUGUGGGAACCUCCCAUCUUAAGCUGGUCAGUCAGAAGCACAGGUGACAACCUCACUUGGUGUUGGCAUCUGAAUUGGGGGAGGGGCGGUUUUGUAGGGCUGAGCCCUUAAUCUGUAGGAGUUGAGAUGAAUUUUAGGACACCCAGCUGGUGUUGCAGACUUGCUUGGUGAUGUGUUAAAAAGACACAUGCACUUUGGAAUUGGUGUCAGAAUCGUAUGUGCUCAUGCGUGUGAGUGUGUCUGCAGCGCGCGCUCACACACACACACACACACACACACACACACACUCGGGUAUUUUGUGUAUUUUAAAAAUUGUACACGGGGUUAUUUCUUCUCUCAGUGCUAAUGCUGUCUGCCAUUCUUGAGCAGCUGCUCUGUUCCAGGUGUUGUGGUAGACAUCAGUCUGUAAUUCUCACAGUAACCUUGUGAGCUGGAGAAUAUUAUGCUCAUUUUACAGAUGAGAAAAUUGAGGCGUAGAGAUGUUGGUGGCCUGCCCGAGUCUGAUAAGCAGCACAAGAAUUUGAACCCAGAUGUGUCUAAUGCCAAAGUCUCCCACACGUACUGUUGUACAUACUAAUGAAGAUACCUAUUCUCUCUCUGCCUUUCUAUGUUACUGUCUCUCUGCCUUUCAUGCGUGCUACAGAUAACUUUUAUUCUUUUAUUUUGGCUAUUUUGACACGUGAAACGGACUCCUUAAAUAAAGUGGUGGUCAUGGUCAACUCUGAGAAGGUGACAUUUAAGCUGCACGGUGAGGAUUGAUAAAGGAAUCACCUCUGCAAGGACCAGAGUGGAAGCUUGUUUUCCAGGAAGAAACAAGGACAACCAAGGGUGAAGGCCCUGAGGGCAAACUCAGAAAAUGAAUCUCUUCCAGGCAGUAACAAGUGCCUUAGAUAACUCACUGGCCAAAGACCCUACUGCAGUAAUAUUUGGUGAAGAUGUUGCCUUUGGUGGAGUCUUUAGAUGUACUGUUGGCUUGCGAGACAAGUAUGGUAAAGAUAGAGUUUUUAAUACCCCAUUGUGUGAACAAGGAAUUGUUGGAUUUGGAAUUGGAAUUGCAGUCACUGGUGCUACCGCCAUUGCGGAAAUUCAGUUUGCAGAUUAUAUUUUCCCUGCUUUUGAUCAGAUUGUUAAUGAAGCCGCCAAGUAUCGCUAUCGCUCUGGGGAUCUUUUUAAUUGUGGAAGCCUCACCAUCCGGUCCCCUUGGGGCUGUGUCGGCCAUGGGGCUCUCUACCAUUCCCAGAGUCCUGAAGCUUUUUUUGCCCACUGCCCAGGAAUCAAGGUGGUUAUACCCAGAAGCCCUUUCCAGGCCAAGGGACUUCUUUUGUCAUGCAUAGAGGAUAAAAAUCCUUGUAUAUUUUUUGAACCUAAAAUACUUUACAGGGCAGCAGUGGAACAGGUUCCCAUAGAACCAUACAACAUCCCGCUGUCCCAGGCCGAAGUCAUCCAAGAAGGGAGUGAUGUCACUCUAGUUGCCUGGGGCACUCAGGUUCAUGUGGUCCGAGAGGUGGCUUCCAUGGCUCAUGAGAAGCUUGGAGUGUCUUGUGAGGUCAUUGAUCUGAGGACUAUAAUACCUUGGGAUGUGGAUACAGUUUGCAAGUUCCCCAACCAGGGAUGGAACCCCUGCCCCCUGCCUUGGAAGUGCGGAGUCUUAACCACUGGACCACCAGGGAAGUCCCCAGGAUGCUCAUACUUAAAGUCUGUGAUCAAAACAGGGCGGCUGCUAGUUAGUCACGAGGCUCCCUUGACGGGCGGCUUUGCCUCUGAGAUCAGCUCGACGGUUCAGGAAGAAUGUUUCCUGAACCUGGAGGCUCCUAUAUCGAGGGUAUGUGGGUACGACACGCCGUUCCCUCACAUUUUUGAGCAGUUCUACAUCCCAGACAAAUGGAAGUGCUAUGACGCCCUUCGAAAAAUGAUCAACUAUUGACCACAGUAUAUAACAUAUAAUGGAAGCCAGAUGUUGACCCAGAUAUAAGGAGCUUCAUCCAUCCCAUCAUCCAGAGUGUGAAAAGCUGCAUUCGCCUGAAUCAAUACAUUUGUGACCUGACCUGGAAAAGCAUAGGAAGAUAGUGCAUCAGAGUUACUUCCAUCGAGGUGAAGGGGAUUUGUGGCAUAGCUUGGAACACAAAGGGGGACUAUAUCACUUUUCCAUUCUAUAUCCUUCUCUGUCCUUUGACUUUUAAAGUAUGUCCCAUGGCUCCCCAACUCAAAUACAGCGUAAUAUUUAGAACCACAAAAUAUUUAAAGUGUUUGGUGAAAAUGUAUGCUCUGUAGGAACUUUUUAAGAGUGUCAGAUACUAAUGCUGUGAUGGAAUUUAAUAUCUCAAAACCACGAGCUUCAAAGAAAUUAGACUUGAUCUAAGCCUCCGGAUCAGAAAUAAAAUAAAAAUGGAAAAUAUGACUUAUACUGGAACUCUUCAAGCAACUUUUGGCUUUUUCUGUGAGAACACUACAGCUUCCCUGUUGGUAAACUUGGGAAUAAUGGAGAAAGUCUUGUGAGCUGGGAGCUUCUAGGCUGAAUGUUUAACUGCAGCUGGGAGAUAGCUGUUCCAAAGAGAGUUGAAGACAACACCAGGUUAACAAGCAGACAAGACUGUUAAAUGUGGCUUUUAAAAAGCCAGGCCCUUUGCAAAAAGGGAGGUGGAUACACAUCCCAUCCCUUGUUAAGUUUUCAAAGAAGAGAUAAACGAGUAUUAUUAUUUUUGUAAAAUUUUAUUGAAGUAUAGUUGCUUUACAAUGUUAUGUUCAUUUCUGCUGUCCAGCAAAGUGAAUAAAUGAGUAUGCCUUAGGAUUAAUAAUAAUGCUUUGAAGCUUCCUUUUCAGAAACAAAAAUUAAAGGGAAAAACACCUUGAACUAUUAUUUUAACUGCUUAGUGAUGUAUCUAUAUAUACAUUAUAUAUAGAUAUAUAAUGUAUAUAUAUCACAUCAUAUAUAUAUAUAUAGUUUUAAACUGAACUUUGUGGUGGUUUUAAACAUUUAUUCAGGGCCAACUAUAAGAUGAACAUGGAAUAGGUCUCAACUUCUGAGACAGUAGGAUUUUCAGAGGUUUAGAAAUUCAAACUCAUAUAAAAUAAAAUAUUAUUUUAAAUGCUCUUAACCACUAAGGAAAAUAAAACCAUACCCAAACCUUCCUUUUCUCAUCUAGUAAUAUUAUGGGUGGGUAUGUUAAAGUCAUUUAAAUAAGUUAAAAGGAAGCUCACAUCCAAAGGUUAUUUCCACAGGCUACUCUGGAAAAUACCAGUGCUUGGCAUGAGUGGUUCUAGACUGUUCUGCCAGAGCGUUCAGUAGAGUAGUGACAGUCAACCUCCAGUUUGGAUUGUCCUAGUGUAAAAGUAGAAUAUAUUCUCGGGAAAAGCAGGCAUGCUAUCAGGUGUUCAUUCAACAUAUAUUCAUGAAUCCCCAUAUGGGUUUAGGGAAAGAAAGUUUAACUAUGCUGUAGGUUUCCCCCAAAGGGAAAGAGAGUAUUAAUCAAAUACUUAUAAGGUGAAAGCACUAUAAAUAAUGCUAUUAAAAUUCUUUGGGAUCUUAAGUAAGGGUAGAAAACCCCCUCUAAUCUGUUAAUGGUUUCACAGAGGAGGUGACGUUUAAAAGAGUCUUUCAGGAUACCUAGGAUUAUCACCAAAUACAGAAAGAGACAGGUGAAGUAGAGGCAUGGGCGUAUAGCACGUCUUAAAUACAGACUGUAUGUAAGAACGUGAAAUUAUAACAGGGUAGCAUUUUGAAAAAUUAGAUUGUUACAUUCAAAAUAGGAUUUUGCCAACAGGCAAUAGUUUGAGAGAAUAAGGACUUUAAAAAUUAUUUUAGUUCUUAUUUAACAUUAAAGAUUGAGCCUGAUGGCUACCGUAGCUGCUUUUCUGAUUGUAUAGAAUAGGUAACUUUGAUCAUUGUUUCAGCUUAGCCAUGAGAAUGGAGUUUGGAAAAUGAAAGAUGUGGCCUGGAGUAAAGUAAAAGGUAUCUUAAUUUUGGGGAUUACUGGGAGGCACUGUGAGAGUCGGAGGACUGAGAACAAAGAUAAAGUUUGGAAGAUACUAGGGUCCCUCCACCAUGCUCCCCAGUACACACUCAAGGCUGAGCUGGUGGGGAGAGAAUGCUUUUGAAAUACUGGAGAAGAUAUGGAACUCCAAGAACCAGGGAGCUUUGGUUCUGUUCCAGAAGGAAAGAACUUGUAGGCUGCCUCCAAGUCAGUUGAGGGACAUUUCCAUAUUACAAAUAAACAUGGUAGCAGAGUGUGAUUACGCAGAAGGGGACUGUAUUAUUCCUUAUAGAACAUUCUUGAUUCCUGUGUAAUGUGGAUGGAGGAAGCUGUUGUGGUGGGAAUGAGGAACUCUACAGCAAAUGCACUGGGUUGUGCCAUCUGGUAAGGGACCAAGUGACUAAUGUAGUCAGACCUCAGUGUAUGGUCGGGGUCCAAAGAGUGGUCAGAGCUAAGAGGAGCCUGAGUUGUCCAAGAAACUUUAUAAAGUCAGCAGAGACCAGGCCGACAGAUCAUUGGCAAGGACACUCUAGGGAUCUAAGGACCACCUUUCCCAGCUCCUGAAAAUCACUGAGAAAGACACCAACAUCCAGUGCCAACCCCUUUUUCCCUUGCCAUUAGUGAGGUUGAAAAAGCCGGCUAAUCACUUUGGAUUCGUCGCUUACCGACUGGGGUGAAUAUUUGACCAAGUAUUGAUCAAUGAGCUAUAGGUGGAAUUUGCUGGGGGUGGCUUUUGUAUAAUGAUUUUUUAUCUGGAUAAGAUAGGGAUAUGGCUGGGAGCAUGCUCCUGAAGCUUCCUUUCUUUGUCCACGAAGCUAGAAAUCUGAGGAAAAUGCCACUAUGCUAAGCGUGUGGAGUGAAAACCAGAAAGAGCUUCUCAUCCAUGUUAGCGCAGAACAGAUAAACUAACAACAGCACUUACUGAUCUUUGGAUUUUUUUAUCAUGGAAAAACAAACUCCUAUUUAUUUAGGCCACAGUUAAUCAUCUGAUCUAUAAUUUUCAGCCUUUUCAUCAAAAGUUUAUCAAAAAUUUUACUGUCUGAUAAUAUGUAAGUUUAUUGAGAGUCUAUCUAAUGAAUGGUGAGCAAGGUCCUACCCUAAUCUCAUAUAUACAUAGAUGUCUAGAAGACAGAUGUCUCUGCUGGAGUCAUCUAAGCCAAGACUCGGUUAUCUAAGAGUGAUUGAAGCAAGCUGAAGAUUUCAACUUUUUUUCUCUCCAAAAUAAGUCAUAUUUUCCGCUACUCUACAAAUUGUAAUAUGGGUAAAUUGCUAGCCCUAUCACAAAAUGUUUAGAAAUUAUGAGAUUCAGUGAGCUGGAAAAAUAUUUUUUUUAGUGUCAGGAGUUGAACUGGAGGAGAAUGAGAUAGGAAGGUCAAGUGGCAGCCAGAUUGUGAAGAAACUUGUAUGCUGCAAUUUAAACACGGAUUUUGAAAAGAAUAUAUAUAUAAAACUGAAUAACUUUGCUGUACACCUGAAACUGACACAUUGUAAAUAACUGUAUUUCCAUAAAAAUUUUUGAAAAAUAAUUUAAAAUUAAAAUUUAAAAAAUGGACUCUGACUUGUAGGUCAUUGGGAAUCAUGGAAAAGUUUAAAAUAGGAGAUUAAUACCAAAUUAGUAUUUUAGGAGGAUUGUUUUGGUAACUAUGUAGAAGGAAGAUUGGAGGGGACAUAGAACAGGGACAAUGAGAAUUAUAAAGAAGAUAAUGUAGUUAUAUGUUAACUUCAUACCUGGAAUAUGGUUAUUGAUACUUGUUGAAAGAAUUUAACCUUUAGUUCUGGAUUUGCCUAAAAUUGUCAACAUAUUAAAUAUCAGAUAUAGAUGACAAAAACUCGAGAUUUAAGUCUUUGUUUAAAAUUAUUUUAAUAUAAUCAAAAUAUUUGCUAAUAACACUUCUUUUUCAUGACUAAAUAAAAGCAAACAACUGUUAGAUUUUUAAAUUGCAAUUUAUGUGAACUUGCAUGUAUUAGCUUCAUCUCAGCAGGUGCACAAGAACUGUUUAAUGACUGACAGGCUGAAUUGAAUUCAACAACUUUUUACUGUAUUCAUUGCAUUUUCAAACAGUUUUUCUAACAUCUUGCCUAUGGAUUUGGCCACUAUAACACCCAGCUUUUCUGAGGCAAAUACAGUUUCCAAUUUUGUGUCCUAAUCUCAUAAACAUAUUUUUCCUUGUCAAAUCACAGGUUUCACUUUUUGUUUCAGAAAUGUUAGUCUGUAUUCUUAUACUAUAAUAAACCUAAGAAAUGUCACAAAUGA